AUGAGAAAUAUAUAAAUAAAUAAAAAUAGAGAGUCAUAAAGAGAGAAAAAAAGAAAAAAAUGUAGUAAAAACAAGAAGAAUGAGAUAAUGGAUAAUAAAAUCAUUAUUAAUUAAUAAGGUAGAAAAUCAAAAUCAGCAACUAAAUCAUCUAAGAAAAAAAAGAAUAAAGAAAGAUAAGGAUAGAGAAAAAGAAAAAGAAAAAGAAUAAUAAUAAUAAAUAUAAUUCUCAUAAUUUAUGGAAAGACAAUUAAAUUUCCUUAACUUUGGUUAACUAUUCCAUUUAUCAAAAUGAAACUAGUAAUGCUAUCUCAAUUAAUAAGACUUAUUGAAUUAUUGCCACGAUCAAAAUAAAUACAAUAGUUAUUUUGGAAUUUGUUCAUAGAAAGAUGUAAUUUGUAACUCAAUUAGACAGACACAAAGAUUAUUUAAGUUGUUUAGUCUUUAGUAAAAAGUAGUUUUCUUGAUUUCAGCUUCUGAUGACAAAACCAUUCUCUCUUGGAAAAAAUUAGAUUAAAUAAGUGGAUUUGCUCAGGGUUAAAUUUUUAGCAUACAGGUUAAAUAAAAUGUAUACUUUUAAAUAAAAAUGAAAAUUAACUUAUAAGUGGAAGUUCUGAUUAAAGGAUUCUAGUAUGGGAUGUUGAUUGUAAUCAAAACAGAUUAAAUUAUUUAUAUCCAUUAUAAUUAACUGCUGGGGAUGUUGAAGGUUCAAAAAUGA